AUCUCAGCACUCAGUCAGCCGCGGCUGCUUGCAGAGCCGCCCCGACAGGCGGAUCCGUGGUGAGGCGCGCAUCAUCCACUCGACGGCUCUCGUUGGCAAGAACAUUGGGGGGCGGGGAAGGCGGCGGCAGCGGCGGUGGGCGGCCGGCACAGCAGGUGUCUCUCGUUCUCCGCCCCCCUCCAGAAAAGCAGAGUCUUCGCACCCUCCCUGAGCUCUGGCCACUCCAAAAGCUCUGGAGAGAUCCGACGGCCCAGACGCCGCUCGCUUCUCCUCCUCCGCGUUUGUUCUUGAAACGGCAGCCGCUCCUUCUCUGCUUCUCUGAAGGCUGCUGUCGGUGCGAUUCCUCCUCCUCCUCCUCCUCCUCCACACAAACACACUUCGAUGGUGAAUACCACCAAGUGAGCAGGCCGGUGCGAUUCGUCCCUUUGCAGUGGAGCAGGAGCCCUCCGUGCGUGUGUGCAUUGUGGAGAGCGCGCUUCGCUUUUAGGAACAAACCGCGCCUCCCGCCCGGCGUUUUGGACCAGUUCAGGGCUGAGGGGAAAGUCGCUGAGGCUGCCGCUUCAGAGGGUGCGCAAGAAGCACGCUAGAAAUUGACAAGUCAGCAAAGAUGAGGAAAAAGUGGACACUGGAAAACGUUCGAUUCCUUUUGGCCUGUGUGCUCUGCCUUCUUUUCAUUGAGGGAAGUAAAACAGAACAAGGAAAAUACUCAGAGACUUACUGUGUGUUCCAAGAUAAAAAGUAUCGUGUAGGCGAAAGGUGGCAUCCAUACCUAGAGCCUUAUGGGAUUGUCUACUGCGUUAACUGUCUCUGCUCAGAGAAUGGGAACGUGUUGUGCAACAGAAUAAGGUGCCCGAACUUGCAUUGCCCCAAUCCAGUGCAUGUGCCACAGCUCUGCUGCCCACGGUGUCCAGAUGAUUCACUUUUUUCUACUGGCAGUAAGAUAACCCGGAAGUCUUGUGAGUACAAUGGCACAACCUACUACCACGGGGAGAUGUUUGUGGCAGAGGGGCUCUUCCAGAACAGACAAGCCAACCAGUGUGCCCAAUGCAGCUGUUCCGAAGGAAAUGUAUACUGUGGCUUGAAGACAUGUCCCAAAUUAACUUGCACGUCUCCAGUGUCCACACCAGAAUCGUGCUGCCCAGUUUGCAGAGGAGACAGGGAGUCUUCGUGGGACAACUCGGAUGGUGACAUCUUUCGGCAACCAGCCAACAGAGAAGCUAGGCACUCUCCUCAUCGCUCCCAUUAUGACCCUCAACCCAGCAAUUCCCGACAGCCAGCCAGCAUUCCACGGGCCCCUGGUGGCAGAAGUAACAGAGGAGCCCUGCCAGAUAUGCAACAGGCCUCUGGGACUAUUGUACAGAUUGUCCUCAACAGCAAACAGAAGCACGGGCGAAUUUGUGUUUCCAAUGGAAAAACCUACUCCCACGGAGAAUCCUGGCACCCUAACCUUCGGUCCUACGGAAUCGUGGAGUGUGUGUUGUGCACCUGCAACGUCACCAAGCAAGAAUGCAAAAAAAUUAAUUGCCCCGAUCAAUAUCCUUGCAAGCAUCCAAGGAAAAUUGAAGGGAAGUGCUGUAAAGUCUGCCCAGAUGAAAUUGGAAGUCAGAACCUUGACAGCAAAGACUACUUCUGUGGUGAAGAGAUGCUCCCUGUCUAUGAAGCUGUUCUCUCUGAGGAAGGAGAAACCAUACGCAAGAUAGCGCUGGAGACAGAUCAACCACCGCAAGUCAAAAUCCACAUGUGGACCAUUAGAAAAGGUAUCCUGAGCCACUUUGACAAGCAAACAGUAUCCAAGGAUGAGUUCAGCGAACUACGCCACUUCAAGCAGAUCACAAAGACCACUUUGAGCCAGUGGAAAAUAUUCAGUGAGGGAGAAGCUCAGAUAAGCCAAAUGUGUGAAGCUCGGGUGUGCAGGACAGAGCUGGAAGAUUUGGUAAAGGUUUUGUACCUGGAGAAGUCAGAGAAGGACCACUGCUAAGAGAGAAACGCCAGAAAGCCGAUGAAGGCAUGGAUCUGCAGCUGGACUGCGGGCUUAAUCUGCUUCUCCUAAAAGCCCUAAAAGCCAAACUUAUAAUGCAAGUCAAUAUUCAUCUCAUGCCCAAUGUAACCUGCUCCUUCAUGUAGAUCUGUCUCAGGCUUUUCAGUAUCUCUCCGGAAGACUUAGGAGGCUGUGUUACUGGCAGGAGACAACGGGAGGGUUUAGCUUCAUGUAAAGGGUCGUGGCUUUACUGGUUUGGGAAAAAUAAUAAUUAGAUCCGGCAAGCUUAAUGAUCAAGGAAAAGGCCUAACAACAAAAAUGAAAAUGUUCUAUAUGCAGAUCUGGAAAUGACUCUGACAGCAGUAUUGGAGAGCUUGGAAUAUAAAGUGAGAUUUCAGACUAACAGGUACCAUGGCUUUUGACACAGUGCCUCUGGGGCUAAUGACACAUUACAUGUUAAAAUGUACAAUACUGCCUUGAUGCAGGUCUUGUUUUGUUUUAAGAGCAUAGCAGCUUCAAGAGUAGGGGCAGGCAGGCAGGCAGGCAGGAAAGGUGCUUAUCCCUCAUAAACACAGAUGUGGAAAACAACCCCCUGCCCAGGUGGAGUAGCUUGGAGAAAUGAUUUUAGUCAUCAUCAUCAUCAUCAUCAUCAUCAUAAAAAGGGCUGGUGAUGAAAGGAUUAAGCCAGAUGCAGGGAACAUUUUUCAGCUGAAGGGUCACAUUUCCACAUGCGCAACCUGCCAGGGGUGGAUGUGGCGAUGGAUGUGACUCUUACCUUUACAGAGUAGGCUCCAGUCCAGCCAUGCUGCUUUCUGGGCGUGCAUCUCUCUAUCCAAGCAAUCCAGGGAUAUUUUUACAGUUCAUGGGACAGGCAGGGUGAUGGGAUUGUGGCUGGAGGAGAGUUCCAAGGGGCAGACAGAGAGGCAGAGGCAGGGCAUAAUUUGCCUCUGACCUCAGUUUAAGCACUCCCUGUCCAUUCCCCUGCUUCUCCACUCUUAACCUUGCUUUCCGAAAACUGGCAUCAGGGUGUUGUUGCGUGCAUGAGCAUGUAAUGCAUAGUUUUCCUGUUAACUGUUGAAAUAGCAGACAUUAGCACAAAUUACUCUAUUUUUCUACUAAUUUGAGGGAAAGGCUCCUUUUUAAAUCAUUUUCACUCAUUUCCAACUCGGUAUAGGUAGCUCAAAGCUGUUUUCUUGUGGUCCCUUUUAGCAUGCAUCUUGGCCGCUAAGCAGCCUUAAUGAAGUCAUAAUCCCUGGAGCACAUGAAGAACUUUAAACUGCUUAUGAUGUCCUGCAGGGAUGGAGAAGAGGAGAAAAAGAAAUAUGCAUUUUGAGAAUGAUUUUUUAAGAGUAAAUAGUAGGCCAGGGGGCCCAAUCCUAUGCAUUGAGUAGCUGGGAAAUGAAGAGUUGCAGCUCCUUUACAUGCAUACUUCUGCUAUUUAGUCUUUAAAAAAUACAUUCACACAAUGUAAUCACACAGUUAAGGGACCUUCCAAUCAUACCUUCAGCUGCUGUUUUUCCAGAUUUUUCUACGUGUUUCCACAUGGCAUCAUUGUCAUUCCAUUGCUAUUCUGCAACAUUGCAGUCCUCAAGACUACCUUUUCUUCCGUCACAAAAUAUCCAGCAUUUGUGGAAUUUCUGGAACAGUUCUGCAAGAUCUGCGUUGUGAGGAAGGUGUCAUGCAAUUUCCCAAUUUCUUUUUUGGGGGGAGGGGUGAGUUUCAGCAGUUUCUGUUUCCCAUAUUUUCCCUAUCCUUUUUGAUAGAGUGACACUAGAGGCUAGCUCAGUCAGAAGCAGUGAACUCAAGUAGUUCCUGCUGCCUAUGCUCCUAAAUUCCCAUAGAGUCAGAAUUCCAAGUGUUAUAUACCUACAUGCACAUGCACACAGACACCCCAGCUGCAAAAAGCCUAUCAGUAACUUGUGUUUGUGCUCAUAAUUCUGAGAUUUACUGGUUGGUGGAACAAGAGAAUGGAAGAGGUGUGGCUACAGGCACAGAACUUUUCUCAAUGUGAAAAUAUGAUACCACUCUCCAAAGAACAAUGACAAGUGACCAAUGGGGUGGGCAGUCUGCUACAAUUUCACUCCAGAAAACAAGAAGUAACAGUACCUAUAGUGCUGUAAACAGUAGGUCUGGAAGAGCCUCCAGUUUGGCCUGGGGAAGGAAGUAUCAUUUCUUGCCAAAACUGCAGCCCACAUUCCCACUGAUCCUUUCAACUAUACCAGUUCCUGCUUCAUGCAUUAAGCUAUGCUAAUGGCUUCACUGCUAUAUCAUUUGCACCUGGCUUUCUAAGCAACCUCCCUGCCAUCAGCUUCUGUCCAUUGUUUCACACCAUGUAAAACGGAAGGUAGGAGCUGAUCAAUAUUUUAGUUAUGAUUCAUUUCAGGAAGGUAGCGCUCACCAAAACUGGCAAAUGACACAGCAAGGAAGGGGCCUUACCUUAGUGGUAGAACUCACACUUUAUUCCAGGUUUAGUCCCUGGGUUCACUCUCCAGGUAAGCCUGGACUGGGUGGGACUCCUGCUUGAAUCAGUGGAGAGUCAUUGCCAGUCAGUAGUGCAGAUCAGGGAUAGCCAACGUGGAGCCCACCGGAUGCUAUUGGACUGCAGCUCCUAUCAGCCCUCAACUUCCAUGGCCUAUGGUCAGGAAUGUGGAAGCUGUGGUCCAGCAACCUGGAGGGCACCAUGUUGUCUUGUCCCUGUUGUAGAGGAUACUGAACUUGAUGGUUUGACUCAGCAGAAGGCACCUUCCUGCAUCACAGUAAAGUUACGGCAACAGCUGGUGCACAUUUGAAGUCUGCUGUGUGGGCUCUCAUAGCCAAAGGCCUACUUUGUCAGGUGCAAUGCUGGAGUUGUAUCCAACACCCCACUUCCCUUUCCUCUGCUUCUCCCCAUACACACACAAAGGCUGUUCCAGAGGACCCCCC